AUGGUGUUAACGAAACGUACGUGUAAUUUACCGCUGAUCUGUCAAAUAUGUGGUGAUGUAGCACGUGGGAUUAACUUUGAGGUAAUGACGUGUAUGUCAUGCAAAGCUUUCUUCCGCCGUCAUGCAUUACAACCAGCGAAUCAUUUGCAAUGCCAGUUACACAAUAAUUGCGAAAUAACACGACUCACACGUGGUGGCUGUUCGGCUUGUCGUUUACGGAAAUGUCUUUCGUCAGGAAUGAAUCCGAGUUUAAUACGUUACAUACCAGGAAAACAUCGUCCAGUUAAAAAAAAGAAAAUGCACCUAUUACCAUCGCUCAAACCAUUGAAUCUUUUACAGAAUGACAGUUCAACGUUGACGACUUUGGAAUGGAAUCUCUUAUCGAAUAUCCUUCACGCCUAUGAUCAAAACAAUGUUAUUGAACAUUCAACAUGUAUGCUGAAAAAACAAGCACUUCUUCCACCCAAACUACGCGCAAAACCGAGUGUUACUCUCGAAAUUGUCGCCUACUUUUAUUCUACAUUUCAAACUUUUAUCGACCGUGUACCUUUUUAUCAUGAAUUAUCACUGGCCACACGUCAGAUUCUAACCGAACGAAAUUCGAAAUUAACAGGAGCUUGUCAUUCAAUAUAUGUCGUACGCGAAACGAACGCUGUGGAAUAUCCCGCAUAUAUGAUGGGUUCAGCCGAAGUUUACGGAGCUGAAAAUGCCAAAAUACUACAACAAUUUAUCGCCCGACUCGAACCAAACAGUGUGAUUUUCAAACUCCUAAUGCUACUGAUCGGAUUUUCUGAGAGCGCUUCGAUCGUCAUACCAGUGAAAAAUUGGCACACAGGAUCUAUACCGAAUAGAUCGCUUUUACUUCGCAUCCAAGAUCUCCUCGUAACAAUGAUUUGGAAAUAUUUGAAUUAUCAACACGGCUUUCAAGGAGCGAUUAGAUGUUUCACAUCCUAUAUAGCCUAUAUUUUGAAUACACUUCGAUGGAUGGAGCGUGGACCAAAGGCACAGUAUGAAGAAAUGGUGGGCACAGUUAUUGACAAUGUUGAUCGAUCAUUGACAUUGAGCGUAUAG